GGCUCUUCCAAAUGCCAAGCUCUCUGAUACGUCUGGACUCUGGACUGCAGUUUCAUGUUUCAUCCCCAUCUUCUCACGAUGCAUGCACAUACAUACAGAGCACAUAUCCUAUGUAUAUAACAGAGUUCUCCAUCAUCUACAAUUCUACAUGAUUACAUUUCUGCGUUUUCUCUGAACCUUCAUCGACCAUCAUCAAUGGCGGGUCUUUUCACUUCACUGAGGGUGAGAACCAGACCCAUAUCAACCUCAUCGUCUUUCCCCUCCCAGUCUUCUCCCAGCGCCUCCGCAUCGCGCCUUCUCCUAUUACUCACUAUUCUCUCAUUGUCUCUGGCGGCUUUUGCAUUCAUCUUGCAAUGGAGGGGCGGGUUCCCUGACCCGACAACCCAGCAGUUACCCGCUGACGACUUUCGACCGCCCCGUCGCUCCUUACCCUCCUCCUCCGACUGCGGCGGAAUUCUCUCUCAGUCGCGGACCCUGUCGUUUCCUUACUUCAGGGAUUGGAAAUUCAACUUCGGGUCAUCUUCCGAAUCGGAGAUCAGUCCCAAGAUAUGCAUAACUUCAACUACAUCUGCGGGCUUGGAGCAAACAUUGCCAUGGAUAUAUUACCAUAAGGUUAUUGGUGUUGCAAGGUUUUUCAUGUUUGUGGAGGGUAAAGCUGCUUCCCCCCAUGUGUCAAAAGUUCUUGAAUCUAUUCCGGGAGUAAGUGUCAUAUAUAGAACAAGAGAACUAGAGGAGAAACAAGAGAAAAGCCGGAUUUGGAAUGAAACCUGGUUGUCAAGCUUUUUCUACAAACCUUGCAACUAUGAGUUGUUUGUCAAGCAGUCCCUUAAUAUGGAAAUGGGGAUUGUAAUGGCUCGGGAAGCUGGUAUGGAUUGGAUAUUCCAUUUGGACACCGAUGAGCUAAUACAUCCAGCUGGAACACGCGAGUUUUCAGUGAGAGAGCUCUUAGCAGAUAUUCCUUCUCAUACUGAUAUGGUUGUCUUUCCAAAUUAUGAGAGCAGUGUUGAGAGGGACAAUAUAAAGGAACCAUUUAGUGAAGUAUCAAUGUUCAAGAAGAGUUAUGACCACCUGAUUAAGGAAACUUACUUUGCAAACUACAAGGACGCAACCCGCGGCAAUCCAAAUUACUUCUUGACUUACGGGAAUGGGAAAUCAGCUGCCCGUAUUAAGGAUCAUCUUCGCCCUAAUGGUGCUCACAGAUGGCACAACUAUAUGUACACUCCCUCUGAGGUGAAGUCGGAAGAGGGAGCUGUUCUGCACUACACAUAUCCCAAGUUCUCUGAUUUGACAUCAAGGCGUGAUCGUUGUGGUUGUAAGCCUACAAAGGAAGAUGUUAAAAGAUGCUUCAUGCUUGAUUUUGACAGAGAUGCAUUUAUCAUAGCUUCAACUGCAACAGAAGAAGAGAUGCUUCAGUGGUACAAUGAACAUGUUGUUUGGAACGACGGGGAGCUUAAGCAGAAGCUUUUGAAGAACGGCAUGUUGGUUAGGAUACACACUCCCAUGGUUAUCAUUCAGAACAUGAGAGAGUCUGGGGUUUUCAGUUCUGUCAUUUCAAAAGCUCAGGGAGGAGGAGGAGUCAAGUUGAGAGAAGAGUCUUUACUGUCAAGUCAGAAGAUGAUGAACUCCUCUGGCUUUUCUUCCAGGAAAGUGGGACAUGGGUUGGAAUCUCAAACAACUGCAAGGAAAGCUCUAGCGCUUGGCUUGAGAGAAGAUUCUGAUUCUGAAUCUGGUGCAGUUCCACCCCAAUCAUCUCCUACAUUGGAUGACAUUCUUCUUGACAUGUAGUUUUUUUUUUUUUGAGAAAAGAAAGGGAAAAGAAGAAGAAGAAGAGGUGGUGUGUACAUUUUAGAUAUUUACAGGCUUAGAUUAGUGUUAGUGGUGAGGUAUAGGCAAAAAGUAUUCAUUCUAAGUG